AUUAAACUUUGAAAACAUUUUGACAGCGAUUAUUGCAUUCAGCAAACAUCUGUUUACAUUGCUUUUGCUGCUGCUGCACUGUGACAACUCUCGUCUGUCGUGCUUUUGCUUUUUCUCUAUUGUUUCUCAUUCGCCCAUCACAUCGGCUCGCUCGCUCGUUCGCUCCUGAAUUUGUGGAUGCUUGUGGAAAAAAUAAAAAAAUAAGAAAAAUAUAUAUGUGCAACCAAAUCUAAUUGAAUUAAAUGAUAAAUAAAGAAGCCACAACAACAUAACAUCGCAACGAAAUUGUAAAUUUUUUAAUGAGAAAAAGAAAGAAAUCAAUUUGUUGAAGAGGAGAAAAUUAAGUGCGUGCGUGUUUAAAGGGUGAAAAAUGAAUGAAAUAAAAUAAAUGUACAUUGCCAAAAAGUGAAAGAAGAAGAAGACGUAAAAAAUCAAUCAAACAUUUUAUUUAUAAUAUAAUCAAAUUGUUUUUUCCUUUCUCUUUAAUUUUAAGAAACCAAAAAGAAAAAAAUCUAGUAGGAGCAAGAUUUUGUAUACAUUUUUUAUAGCACCACACUGUGAAAGGCAGCAACAAAAAGUGUUUUCUUCUUUUUUAUAUGGAUAUAAAAAUUUCCAACCUAGGAUCUUUGUAGAAAACGGCCAUAAGCAAAAACAGAUUGAAGUUAUGGCGAAGUAUUGAUAUAAUAUGCCUAGCGGGAAUGAUAAAAGAAUGCCACAUACAUUUCUAAAAUUACAAACAGAAAAAUGGAAACAAUAUCCCAGAUCUCCCUGAUAUUGGUUCUAUUCCUCGCUAUUGACUUAAAUAAUUUACAAUUGUUGCAACAACAACAACAACAACAACAAACACACAACCAACAUGAAUCAGCAUUACACACAUACAAUGAUGUAAAUCCAAAAGUGGUCCGAACGAAACGUCAGCGUUCAUUUCUAGUAGAAGCAGUCCAGCAAGACUCAGUUACCAAGUUAAAACGACAAGAAGUACAACAACAACACGAACAACAACCGCAGCCACUAGAUCCUCUAACGACAUCAUGUAUCUCAUCGAUAUUGGCCCAUGAACCGACCACAACGUUCAUUCAACACCCCAGCCACCAAAAGCCAAUCAAAGAGGUUAAUCGAUUCUUCUCGCAUAUCUUUAAUCCCUUUGAUGCCUUUGGUUUCCGGUCAUCAUCGUCGUCGUCGAAGGAUGCCAACGAUGAGAUACAAGAACGUGACAUUCUGGCCGACUAUCAGGACGACAAUAAUGUGGCCUUUAUCAGUCCACUGUUUGUCGGUUCGUCGAAUGCAGCCGAUGGUGAUGAUUUGAAUGUUUUCAAACUGUUCUGCGAAAACACCUCGGUGUCGAACAUUAACGAAGAGCUGCGAGCGAAAAAGUAUAUCAAAUAUACCCACAUCACCCUGCAGCACUGCUAUGGCAGUGGCGCCAACGAUGACAGCCGCCUGCAGUUGCAACAACUGGAAAGUGUUCAGAAUCUCCAAUGGAUAUCUAGUGCUGUACGCGAUCAGCAAAUGGAAGAUCUCUUUGGUAAAUUCGAAUCGAAUUUUGAAUAUCUGGAGGUAUUGGAUCUGACCGACAAUCAGGUGCAGUGCAUUGGCUGGAUCAGGUCACAGGUGUCGAGACGUUUAAAAGUACUUAAGCUUUCGGGCAAUCAAAUCGAUUCUCAGCAUUGUAACCUCUCGCCGCUGCAUCACACCAAUCUGCUGCGGGAGCUACGCUUGGACAACAAUCGUUUGCGUACCCUCAACGGGGCAUUCCUCAAUAAUUUAAGCGAACUUAAAGUUCUGAAUUUAACCCACAAUUUAAUUGCUGACCUGCCGCGAAACACCUUCGAUGGUGUGUUCAAACUGCAAAGACUACACUUGGCCCACAACGCCUUGCAGGUGUUGCCCUUCCAACUGUUCCGUUCGAUGAGAGACUUGCAAAUAUUAAAUUUGGCCGACAACAAAUUGCUAUCGUUUCCCGACAACUUCUUCGCCCUGAACGGUGAGCUGCGCCUGUUGCUGCUGCAGCGCAAUCAUUUGCAGAGCAUCAACAAGAAUUCCUUCUACAAUCUGCAGAAGUUGCUGCAUUUGGAUUUGUCGGUGAACCACAUCACCAGCAUUGAUCGCAAGGCAUUCGAGUCGUUGAGUAAUCUGAUUACUCUCAACAUUUCAUCGAACAAUCUAACAACAAUCUCCUCCAUACUAUUCCAUCCGUUGCAGCGACUACAGCAUUUGGAUCUGAGCAACAAUCGUUUCACCCAAUUGCCCAGCGGCAUUCUGAUGCAUCAACGCAAUCUAAUUUCAUUCCGUUUGGAACACACUCCAAUUGAAAAGCUAAACAAUCUACUGUCACGUUCCGAUGUGUCGCACAUUGACCCGUCGGUGCUGAAACAUUUGUCGCACCUGUCGCUGCAGUACAAUCCCAAUCUGAAGAAACUUCCAAAGACUUUAUUCCUGAAUGCGCCCAACAUCAAGGUACUGCUGCUGGCCCACAAUGCCCUGCAACAGCUACCCUCGGAAAUCGCCCAUCUACAAUAUCUGGAACGACUCAAUGUGGGUCACAACAACCUCUCCUAUUUACCCGAAUCGUUAAGAUACCUGCCAAAUCUACGAUUUAUAAAUAUUUUAAAUAACGACUACAUUUGCAACUGCAAACUAUAUUGGCUUGCCUCGUGGCUAACAUCGACGAACAAUACACUGCGUCUGCAUCGCCAUACGCUGACGGGCAGCAGCAGCAGCAGCAGUUAUCUCAUCGACGAUAACAACCACCAUCACCCCACUGAUGUCGUCGAGAGUGACGAAGAAUUUACCUCAUCGGAAAAGGCUGAAGACUUAGAUUUAUUGAUAUCCUCACUGAAGUGUCUGCACGGUUAUCCGGGCGAUAUGAUUCAAAUAUUGAAGACGUUGAAUUGCACCAAACCGGCGCUGUUGAAUUCAACCGAUUUGAAAAUGCAUGAGCUGCAUUCGACGGCCAAGCUGGAUUGCAGUUUCUCGGGCAGUCCGUCGCCGGAUGUUAUUUGGGUUACACCAACGAACAAGAUUCUACGCUAUCAUGCUGAUCCAGAUAAACGGCCAAUUAUUAUCAAUCACAAUGACAAAGAAUUGGGCAAAUUUGAAUUUAACUCGCUGACGAAUGAAGAGACAACACUGAAUGUUAGCCUCCAGCGCCAAGAUGCCAAGGAACGUGUGGCUCUAAUUGAGAACGGUUCAUUGCUAAUAAAUAAUAUUACACGGCGUGAUAGUGGCCUUUAUACCUGCUAUGCUUACAAUGUGAUGGGCAAUGCAUCGGCUUUUAUACGAUUACAAAUAGAUCCCAUUAUUUUCUAUCGCGUUAAAAUAGGAAGUUUACUUUCUGGUACAGCAGCAGCCACCGCCUUUUUACUGCUUACCCUGAUUGUUCAAGGCUUUAGGCAGAUAUUUAAUAGAUAUGGUAUUUUUGAUAAAUUCACUUGCUGUGCAAAACGUAACAAGAAAUCGCCAAGAGCUCGUCAAAUAUACGCCAUGUUGGAUAGUAUUGAGAAUUAUAAGAGUCAACAAUUGGAACGUUUAAGGGAAAAUUAUGCUCAGCAAGUCCAUCGUAUACGUGAAAACUGUACACAACAAGUUGAAUGGAUACAAAAUAGUUACUCAUCUCAGGCUAAACAUUUGAAAGAAUUUCGUGAUAUGGGCUCAAAUCAUUUGACAGCGCUUAAGGAUCAAUAUUAUGAUCAGGUGAAAAAGGUUCGUGAAUAUUCCACCGGUCAAUUGAAUUGGGUACGCGAAAAUUAUGUCUUCCAACGCAAUAAAAUACGCAAAUUCAGCGCUCAUCAAGUAUUGCGUCUACGCGAAGGUUAAUAUCAACAGCAGACAUUGAAUAAAGUUCUUGAGAAUUUACCCAGUUUCUAUUUUGAGAAUUGUCGCGGUCGCGGUGAAGAAGACUAUGCCGAAGAUAUCGAUAUGUAUUUCAAAACCAAAAUGGCCUCCACCAAUGAUCCCCAUCUGAGCAGUAACAACGCCUCAUUAUAUCCAUCAACCUACAAUUCCAAAGAUGUCAAAGAUUUACAACUACUCAAAUCGAAAUUGUUGGCCAACAGUUCGGCCAACAAGGCUUCCAUUUGCUGUGCAUCAGGCGCACCGCCACCACCGCUAAUGGCCGAGGAACACAACAACAAACGUCGUUCACAAUUGAAUUUGCAAACAUCACCCAUACACAUCAACUAUAUAAAUGAGAAUCUCGAUCAUCGCAAACACGAAUUGGAAACAUUCAAUUUGACACAGCAGCCACUUUUGAUUAACACGCCCAUACAAAGAUCGCAUGACGACGAUAGUCCAACAACUUUCAACAAUUUGGCACAUAAUUUGAAUGUUGGCCUAACAGACGAUACGGCAUUGGCAUUGUGUCAACUGCAAAUAACCACAGGUCAUCCUGUGGGUGCGGGCAGCAUUGAAGAUAAUCAUUAUGCAGCAACAAUGGCGGAUAAAUUUGCCAUGGACGGCGGUGGUAAAGCCCAAAGGCAUUCGGCUUUUUAUGAAGACAAUAUGCCAACUGACAGUAACAUGGAAUUAAAUGAAAUGCAAGAUGUCAAGGAUACAAACGAUGUUAAAUCAUCCAAAUCAUGUCCAGCUAUUUAUAAAAUUUCCAAACAACGUGAUGGCACCACAUUGCAUGAGCUGCUGACAGAGGAUUUGAAAAAGGGACUGCGUUUAAAUGUUCCCACCAAUGUAGAGGAGACCGAAACUGAGACACCGCUACACCACAAGCCAAUUAUGGAAGAUAAACUUAAUAUAAUUUUAGAUGAAAAUGGUAAAUCCAUACUUGUUAAUGCUAUGGCUGCUGCUACGGCUGCCGCUGCUCCAGCAACAAAAGACCCUAGCAGUAGAUCAGCUGAAAAACCUGAAACAACAACAUCAUCAGUAGCUGUUGCCAAUAGAUUUAUGCAUAAUAAUUUAGAAUCAACACAACCACAACAACAACAACAAAAUCUGUGUGAUACAACAAAUGUACCCUAUGAUUCACUUAGUUCAGGCUUUGGUAGUUCAAACAAUGCAGAUGAUAAUAGUGAAAAUCGCACCAGCUCCACUGCUUCACCAUCGGCAUCAUCAUCAUCGAUUAUGCCAUCAUCCUCGACUACCUCGACUUCAUCAUCGGCAUCUGGAUCAUCGAAUUCAUCAUCGGAUGUAAUCACAUGAGAGAUAAAGAAAAAAAAACAAACAAAGAGAUUGGUUUCUGUUUUCAAAAAGAGAAAAAAAAAAUAUUAUUGGAGUUCAAUGUAUUUUAUAAGUAUAACACUUAUGUAUUUAAAUCUUAUAACAGAUUAUGCCAGAAACAACAACAACAAAAACAAAAGAUGUAGAAUUGUUUUCAUAAAAGAGAAAAAAAAAUAAUUAUUAAAAAUGUUUAUGAAUAAAAAUCGUAUAUAAAAUUAUAAAGAAGAGAAAAUAUGUAAAACAAACAAAAAUCAAACAAUACAUAUACAUAUAUAUGAUUAUUAUUUAUUGAUAUAUUGCUGUAAUGGACAUCAACGUUUUGGAGAACAUUUCAAAUCCGGCUGGGGUUUACAAAUAUUUACUUUACAUUUUUACGAUGUAUAUGGGAGAGGGAAAAAAUUUGUCGCGCAAGUUGUAACAGAUACUUUGCCUUUUUUAAGUAGAAAAUUUUGAAUAAACAUAUGAUUUGGAAUCAUUUUUGUAGAAAAUUUUGUGGAAAUAGAUUUUGUUGUUUGUAAACCUAAGUCGGGUUAAUGGAUUUUUUUAAAUACCAGUUGCUCAAUUCUUUUUCUAUGAAAAUGUGAAAUGAAAACUUUUAUAAAGGAAAGAAAUUCAAAUGAAAAUUUUAUAAAGGAAAUAUUUUUCAUUUCAUAUUUUCAUAGAACAAGAAUUGAGGCCCAGGGGCUGGAUUCUUAUUCUAUGAAAAUAUGAAAUGAAAAAUAUUUCCUUUAUACAUUUUUUUUUCAUUUGACAUUUCUUUCCUUUACAAAAGUUUUCAUUUCACAUUUUCAUAGAACAAGAAUUGAGACCCAGGUGUGAUACAUGUUUUUUUCUUUAUUUGGGGAAUUUUUGUAAACUCUAUACCAAUUUUAAAUAAUAGCAUUUCAAGUUGACUUUUCAAAGCCACCUUUAGAAUUUUAAUAUUGUAUUAAAUACUCAUUUUUGUAAGGAACUCAUUUAGGUCAUUGAGAGGCAGACCGCUUUACUUAUGUAAGACCAUUUUACUUUUAUAAGAACCUUUUAUUAAUUUCAUUUAGCCUUCCAUAAGCAUACCAUUUGGUCUUCUAGCAGAAGAUAAGUGUGAAUUCUGCCAGCAUUUGAUUUUACAUAAAAAAUGGUAAAAUUUGUUUCCCAUAAGAAAACAAUUGAAGCUUUUACAAACAGGCAUUGUAUAAAAAUACCCAUUUUGAAUUGUAUGGGAAGGCUAUUUGGUAAAAGGUUGUCUGCUCUUCUGUAUUAAUACUAUUUUCUGUUAGAAGAUAAUUUUACAUUCUCUGGUACGCAGAACUUUAUCUUUAUAAGAGCAUUCUAUGUUAAUUUAAUUUAGCCUUACAUUGGCAUAUCAUUUGUUCUUUUAGCAGAAGAUAAGUGUGAGUUCUACCAGUAUUUGGUAUUCUAUAAGCAAAAGUGGAUUUAAUAUAAGAGCACAAUUGGAACUGCUAUAAGCAGACCCUUUUGCCCUCUAUGAGAAAACCAAUUGUGAAUUCUAUGGAAAGAUAAAAUGGUCUUCUAUAAAAAGGUAUAGAAUACCAUUUUGACUUCCAUAAGAAAUCUAUAUUUGCCUUUUCCAAGAAGUUACUUUACUAAAAGACAAUUUGAAUUCCUAUAAUCAGACCUAUCGACAAGUUUGACUUCUACCAGGAUUUGGUCUUCUUUACGCCAAAAAUUGGUUUAAUAUAAGAACACAAAUGGAACUGCCAUAAGCAAGCCCUCUAUAAGAUCAAUUCUGAGUUGUAUGGAAACCAUUUGAUUUUCUUAUUGAAAGGUCAUUUGCUCUCCGACUAGAUUACCAUUUCACGUUCUUUUAGAAAUCUAUAUUUGCCUUUUGCUAGAAGAUAAUUUUGUACUUCUGCGAAAAGACAAUUUGAAUUCCAUUUGGCUGGACUUUAACACGCAAACCAUUUGGCAUUUUAAUGAGCCAUCUACAAGAAAACCAAUUUAGAUUUUUAUAAGAAGACCAUUCAGUCUUCCAUGGGAUUAUUUGUUUGCUUAUAAAGAACAUUUUGUGGAAGACCAUUUAAUAGUCCAUAGUAAGACAUUUCGGUAAAAACUCUGGUCUUCUACAGAAUGGUACUCUUCUCUUCUACAAGAAUACCAUUUUGUUUUAUUAAUUUUGCUUUCUGUAAGUAAAUUAACUUGGACUUCGUUAAAUGGAACAUUUGGCCUGCUACAAGCCAUCUAAACAUAAAACAAUAUGGGCUCCUAUGGGAACACCAUUUGGUAUUCUAUGGAAAUACCAUUUGGACUUCAACACGCAAACCAUUUGGCAUUUUAAUGAGCCAUCUACAAGAAGACUAAUUCAGAUUUUUACAAGAAGACCAUUCAGUUUUCCAUGGGAUUAUUUGUUUGCCUACAUCUAUUGGUAAACCACUUGCCACAUAUUUGGACCCCUUUGGACCUCUAUAGAGAGCCGUUGGUCUUUUAUAAGAAAAUAAUUUGCUUUUUUGCAAUGGCAUUUUUGGCGAAUUUUGAAAGUUUUGGAGUUUUCACUACAGAUAGCAAGCUAGGAGACAUUUUUUAGUCAGCAAUACAUUUUUCUAAUUGCCCGCAUCCUGAACUACUGUAGCAGAGACUAUUUGAACUUCUUACAAGAAAAUCAUUUGGUCUUUUAGAUUCUUUUAGAAGAAGACAAUUUGGCCUAUUCUUUGGGCACAUAUAAGCAGCCCUUUGGAACGAUUUUACCUUUCUGCAAGAGAUAUCUCAAAAUUCAUGUUUACCAAUGGUGUGGAGUUUAUAAUAAACCGCCGCAUUGAAUGAUUUCAAAACAUUUUGUUUUUAGAUUUCUUCAUAGAUUUCUAUUCCAUAAAUUCUUCCCUCCCACUCCAUUGAGCUUUAUCAUUCUCCACACAAAUUAUAACGAACAUCAAGCUUAUUAUUACAGUAGAUUGUCUUGUUUUUUAAGUGCAAAGACACAAUUUUUAACUGAGGACAAAGUGAUAAAUAAACAUAUUUCUGAAUUCGUGUCGAUUUGUCAAGAAGUGGAAAUUUGGUCAUUUGUUGAUUCUAUAAAAAUUUCAUUAAAAUAAUAAAUGACUUAUUCCGCCCAUGUUAAAAAGGGUCCUUAGACUCCUGUGCAAUACACUUUCUGGCCAUUCGGGUAAACUUUCCAUUAAAUUGUCCCUUUUAUUUGGCCUAAAAUCGGGUUAUUGGGAGCUCACCUAUUCGAUGAUCACAGAGCACAUAACAAUCCGUUUAUAAAUAAAAACAUGAUGGCUCUACUUAAACAACUAAUACAGAGUUUUAAUUUUGACAAAACGAUUGGAGAUUCGAAUUCAGCAUGUGAAUAGACAUUAACAUCAGUUAUCUAGCUUCAAUUUUUUAUAAACUUGUGUGUAAAAUUAUUGAUUGUAGCAAAACAAAACAAAAAGAUAAAAAACUAAACAAAAAACAAACAAUUUCUAUAGAAAAAAAAAAUUGAAAAAAAAACAAUUUUACAAAAAAUGCGCUCCUGUUUUUUUAAAACAUGCUAUCAUACAGUAUAACAAACAAAACAAAACCCCCCCUAAUAUAAGUACGUAUGAUGUAUAUCAUUUUGAUUAAUUUAUGUAGAUGAAAAAAAAAAAACACAAACAAAUAAACGAAACGUUUUUAACAGAAAAAGAUAAUUAUACAAAUAUAUGAAUAUAUUGAGAAAAAAAAGAAA